AUCGCAUCGCAUCGCACAUUCGCACUCGUCUCGUCUUACUCACCCCGCACGUUUCCACUUCCCCUCUCCCCCACCUCACCAACACUCCUCGCCGUCCCACCAAACCCUACUAACCGCCGCGCGCGAGAGGGUCCCAUCCCCGACUUCGCCGCCAUGGCCGGCGCUCCCCCGACGGAGGCGGAGAAGGAGUCCCUCGUCACCUCCUUCCUCGAGAUCGCCGCCGGCCAGACGCCCGAGACGGCCACCCAGUUCCUCCAGAUGACGAGCUGGCAUCUGGAGGAGGCGUUGCAGCUGUUCUACAUCGACGGCGAGGCCGCCCUUGCGGCGCAUCCGGCCCCAUCGCCGGCUGCUGCGGCGGAAGCGGCGGCGGCGGCGGUGGCAGCAGCUGCUGAGGUGGAGGACGCGAUGAGGUUCGCUCCGCCCCCAGCUGCUGCACUGGGUGAUGGAAUGCUGCAGGGACUUGGGGAGGAAGAGGAUGUGCGGGCACCGCUGCCCACAAAGCGGGAGACUCUCUACGGCGAUGCCCCCAUGGUCGUCGUUCGGCCUAAUUCAACAGUUGCAUUUCGUAACUUUGAAGAGGAGUCAAGGCAAUCUGCUGUUUGGGAUUCUGAGCAGAAUGCUGCAUCUAGUUCUCGUGAUAAUCUGGCGGCAUUGUAUCGUCCACCAUUUGCUUUGAUGUUCAAUGGACCCUUCGACAAGGCAAAGUUAGAGGCUUCUGUUCUGGACAAGUGGCUCUUGAUCAAUUUGCAAUCGACUGAAGAGUUCAGCUCUCACAUGCUUAAUCGGGACACUUGGGCUAAUGAGGCUGUGGCUCAGACAAUUCGAUCGAACUUUAUUUUCUGGCAGGUUUACCAUGACACCAGUGAGGGGAGGAAGGUAUGCACCUACUACAAUUUGGUCUCUGUUCCUGCCAUUCUUCUGAUUGACCCUAUCACUGGGCAAAAAAUGCGUGGGUGGAAUGGAAUGAUUCACCCGGACCGUUUGCUGGAGGAUUUGAUGCCUUACCUGGACAAAGGUCCAAAGGAGCACCAUGCAGCUCAACCUCAAAAACGGCCAAGAAAAGUUGAUCAGGAAACUUCUAUCGGCAAACAAGGUAAAACCCCUGUACCCGUAGUAGCCACAGAGGAUGAAGACGAAGAACUAGCACGGGCAGUAGCGGCUUCUCUUGAGGAGAGUAAAGGCUCUGACACUAGUGAGGAAAAGAUUGAACCUGAGGUAGAAAAUGAGCCUAGCCUGAGUGCUAAGCUGAACUAUCCUCCUCUCCCUGAAGAACCCAAAGGAAGUCGGGAGCUUUUGUGCAGAGUUGCAAUUCGCCUACCUGAUGGUAGGAGGAUCCAGAGGAAUUUCCUUCACACGGAUCCUAUUAAGCUCCUGUGGUCAUUCUGCUAUCCUCAAGUGGAGGACGGGGAUAAGAAGGCUUUCCAUUUCGUACAGCCCAUUCCUAGGGCAUCCACAAACCUGGAGUACGAGAGUGAUAAAACUUUCAAAGAAGCCGGGUUGGCCAACUCGAUGAUCAACCUUUUGUGGGACUAAAAGCCUAUUUUAUCAACUCAUGUUAUUUCUUUAUUGGCUCCAAGUCAAGAUUAUCGAGUGAUUUUCUGUGAGGGUUCAUAAUUGCUUCUCUUAUUUUUCUUUUUCCCUCCUGGUGCUUGGAGCCAAAUGACGAAUCUGGUUUCUUUGGUGUGGAAAUGCCCAUAUUCCUUUUGUAGUGGUUCCUAGUAUGUUUAUAGAACUCUUGAGUAGGUUUACUCCAGUUCUCUUUUAAUGCAUAUAAUAUUAUUAUACCUGAACAGAUGCUGAUAAAAUCUUGUUCUUCUUA